UUAGAAUUGUAUUUACAAUUGCAGUCACAAUAUUUAAGACUGUAAUUCAAAAUCAAUGAUGAGAAUUCUGUCUAUUAACCUUACAAAAUGCCGGCGCAUUAUUUAUGCUGAUUCAUAUAAAAUUAUUAUAAACAGACUUUUAAAGAGGCUUUCAUCAGGAAACUGUGAGACAAAACUUGUCCAACCGAUUAAACUAGUUAAGGCGAUGGAGGACAAGUCAAUUUUCCUUUUGCCGAACAGCCAAAGGUUUGUUGAGCUGGAUAGCUCUCAAGCAUUUACAAAUUUAUCCAAAGAGGAAAAACUGUAUGCUCACUAUCUAAGUCAGGCUGCCUGGAAUGGUGGACUUAUUGUGCUCCUUCAAACAAGUCCAGAAUCUCCAAAGAUCUUCUCACUUUUGCACAGAAUAUUCAUUGCAGAGGCUCUAGAAGAUUUAAAAAAAUCGUCCAUUGCAGCAGGAGUUUCAGAAGAUGAUUUUCAGGCAUUUUUGGUAUAUGCUGGAGGACUAUUUGCUAACAGCGGUAAUUAUAAAGGAUUUGGAGACACAAAAUUUAUCCCAAAUCUCUCAAAAGAGUCUUUUGAACUGAUAGUGAAAGCUUCAAAAGCUUAUGAAAAUGAUGGAACACAUAUCACCAAGUUGUGGGAAAAUACAAAGAAUUUGAUGUACAGCAUCGCACCUAGAUUAACUAGUCUUGGCUUAGCCAAUAAAGGUAUCACAACAUAUUUCUCAAGCAACUGUACUGAAGAGGAUUCAACUCUUGUAAACGACUGGAUGAAAACGAAACGCAUUGAGGCAUACAAUUGUCGAACUUUCAAAACCGUCGACGAUGAUGGCCUACCCUUGUACACAAUCCACCUCGCCAGUGUUGAAAAAAGUUCUAAACCACCACUCACUAUGGAUAAGGAGAAAUAUAAAAACGCAUACUUCCAAGUGACGCGCGGGGACUACGCGCCGUUGCUCAGUUUAGUGAAUGAGAACCUCAGUAAAGCUAUAGAGUAUGUGGCCAAUAGUAAUGAGAGGAACAUGCUCAAACAUUAUAUAAAUAGCUUCAAGGAAGGUGACUUGAGUGAACAUAAGGAGGGGAGUAGAUAUUGGAUCAAGGAUAAAGGGCCGAUAAUAGAAACAUAUCAAGGAUUUAUAGAAACCUAUCGAGACCCGAGCGGGCAAAGAGCCGAGUUCGAGGGGUUCGUAGCCAUGGUCAACAAGGAAAUGUCCAAGAAGUUUGGCCUGUUGGUAGACGGCGCAGAAGGGUUCAUCAAGCUGCUGCCUUGGGGAGAAGACCUGGAAAAGGACUCUUUCCUUCGACCAGAUUUCACUAGCUUAGAUGUUCUUACAUUCUCUGGUAGUGGAAUUCCAGCAGGCAUCAAUAUACCUAAUUAUGAUGAAAUUCGGCAGAACGAGGGCUUUAAGAAUGUAUCCCUCGGGAACGUAAUCCCGGCCGCGUACAAGGAGUCCGUUAUCCCCUUCCUCAGCGACGCGGACAAGCAGCUGCUCGAGAAGUAUCGUGUGCCUGCGUUUGAGGUACAAGUAGGUCUUCACGAGCUGCUGGGUCACGGCAGCGGCAAGCUGUUGCGACAAAACGCAGACGGAACCUUUAACUUUGAUAAGGACAAAGUCAAGAACCCGCUUACAGGCAAACCAAUCGAGUCGUGGUACAGUGAAGGAGAAACCUACGACAGCAAGUUCACGACGCUCGGCUCCGCCUUCGAGGAGUGUCGAGCUGAAGCGGUCGGUCUGUACCUCUCGCUACAACCAGAAAUAUUGAAACUGUUCGGCUACACGGGUGAAGAAGCGCAGAACGUUAUAUACGUGAACUGGCUCAGCCUGCUGUGGAACGGCGCCGCCAAGGCCACCGAGAUGUACCAGCCCUCCACCGACACCUGGCUCCAGGCGCACGCGAGGGCACGAUUCGUAUUGAUGCGGCUGUUGGAACUGGAAGGCGACGGCCUGCUCACCGUCACCGAAGUGGAGCCCGGCAAAAAUCUCCUGCUCACUCUGGACAGGACGCGGCUCGCUACCGACGGGAAGAGGAUUAUUGGUGAUUUCCUAGUGAAAUUACAGAGCAUAAAGUCGACGGGCGACGUGGCGGCCGGCGAGCGCCUGUUCGCCACGUACAGCCGGCUCGGCGAGCCGUGGCGCCGCUGGCGCGACAUCGUCAUGCUGCACAAGCAGCCACGAAACAUCUUCGUGCAACCCAACACUGUGCAUAAAGGAGAUAACGUGGAGCUGAAACGUUACCCGGCGAGCGCAGAAGGCAUGGUCGCAGCGUACGUGGAGCGCUUCCCCAGCGCGCGCGUGGACGACAUCCUCGAGCAACUGGCGGAGGCCGACCACAAGUACUUCGCGGACUUGCAACAGCUUGCUGAAUGAACAUACCACCUCGUAUAGUUCUAAUUAAAAUUGCCAUUUUUAAAAAUAAAAUGCAUAGUAUUUUAUAUC